AUGUCUUCCGAACUCUGCCCCGUCUAUGCGCCCUUCUUUGGUGCCAUGGGCUGUACAGUCGCUAUUGUCUUCACCUGCCUUGGUGCUUCCUACGGCACCGCCAAGUCUGGUGUCGGCAUCGCGGCUAUGGGUGUUCUCCGCCCCGACCUGAUCGUCAAGAACAUUGUUCCUGUCAUUAUGGCUGGUAUCAUUGGUAUCUACGGUCUCGUCGUCUCGGUCCUUAUCUCAGACGGUCUCCAGCAGACUAUGCCUCUCUACACUGGGUUCAUCCAGUUCGGUGCCGGUCUGGCUGUCGGUCUCGCCGGUCUCGCCGCCGGUUUCGCCAUUGGCAUCGUCGGCGACGCUGGUGUCCGUGGUACCGCGCAACAGCCCCGUCUCUUCGUCGGAAUGAUCCUGAUUCUCAUUUUCGCUGAAGUUCUGGGUCUUUACGGCCUCAUUGUCGCCCUGCUCAUGAACUCCAAGGCUACUCUGAACACCACCUGCUAA